UGUUUGACAAAUAGCAGCAUCAAAUUGUCUGUCUGUCUGGUCAGGAAACAAAAUCUUUCUUAUCGUUCAUCUCCGUCUGAUGUCGUAGCCAGCAUUUGGAGACAUAUAUUGCAUCUCAAUUCUGUUAGCCUGCCCCCCUUAGUCCGCUGGGAAUUUAAUUCAAAAAUUCGCAUUAAUUGAAAAUAAGUACGCAGCCACAUACAUUGAACUCAAAGUGAAACAACGUUGUUUAGAGUACAGCGGCAAUUACCUAUCAUCUUCCUCCUCCUUGGAAUAUAACCCCCCCAAAAUAACUUGUUUGUUAUUACUACACCAACGACGGAAUUUACCACGGAAAUAAUAUCGCAACACCUCCUCCGCCGCAACAGUAAAUAUGUCACAGAAUCAGUCGUAUUUUUGGCAAACCACCAGACACAAUGUCUACCUGAAGCGUUCGGCCAAAUUGCAUAUGUUAUUGGCCUUAAUGGCGGUGCUGACGUUCUCCACCAUAUGCGUGGCAGAGAUCGAUGCAGCCAAGAACAAUGAUGACCCGGCAUUGGAAAUGGGCAUAGCCACGAAAGUUUCCAACGAUGAGGCGAUAUUUGUUAAAGAUGAACAAUUCGACAUUGGCAAUGAUUUACCCGCAUCCGAUCCCACAAAGGAACCCAAGGCCCAGGCCGGUUUUCUCGAUGCUUUCACAGCAUCGAUCUCUGUAAUUCUAUUUACAGAGCUAGGAGAUAAGACUUUUUUCAUUGCAGCCAUAAUGGCUAUGCGUCACCCACGUUUGGUUGUCUUCACUGGUGCCAUUACGGCCUUGGCCCUCAUGACAGUCCUAUCGGUGGUGUUUGGCGUGGCUGCAACAAUUAUUCCUAAGGUUUAUACAUAUUACAUUUCAACAGCAUUGUUUGCCCUUUUCGGCUUGAAAAUGAUCUACGAGGGUUACUUCAUGAAGGACACGGAUGCCCAAGAGGAAUUGGAAGAAGUCCAAGCGGAUUUGCGUAAACGUGAAGAUGAGUUCCUGCGCACCAAACGUGGCAGCGACAGUGAAGCCAAACGCAAAAACAGCAAUUCAGACAAGGAAGAUAACGAUGUGGAACGCGGCGCUGGCGCCUCCUCAACCACAACCACCAAGACGUCUGCUGCUGCUGUUCUAUCCACUGCCAAGAACCCCGAAAUGCAACACCGUCAACGCAAACAACUUUCAUCGAAUCACUCAACUAGCAUUACAAGCAAUGGCUGUGAUCAACCGAACAAAGAUGCCGACAAUGAUAAUGACGCUGAUGGCGAUAGUGGCGAAGCUGAUGCCUUCCUCAAGGGCAACGAUGAACACAUCAAAAUGUCCACUUUCCACAGCAGCCCCGCCUUGUCGGCAUCCGCCUUAUCCAAUCAAACGAAUCAAACCAAUUGUGAUGAUACCUCUAGUAUUAAUAAGCUUAGAUUUAAUGGAACUCAGAGUAAUGGUGGUACACCGCAUAAGGGUGGCAGUGGAGCCGAUGUGCUGGUUCAUUCAAGCUCCGCCAUGGCCAAUAUGAACAAAUCUUCGUCCUCGAACAAAUUGAAUGGCGGCCCGAUACUUAACAACAACAACAACGCCACCACCAUCCUCAACUCGAACAAUAAUAGUCUCGAUAAUCUGAAUGGCACUGCUGGUCAGUCCAAUGGCGAUUUGAAUCAAUUUGGCGGAAGCAAGAAACGGCUGGAACGUGAUGUUUCUGCCAACCUAAUACAGGAUCCAGAAAGUGGAGUAGUACGUAAGAAUACAAAGAAAUCGGCAGCAUAUUUGACGACACGCGUUUUGAUGCAAGCUUUUACAAUGACCUUCCUGGCUGAAUGGGGUGAUCGUUCUCAAUUGACCACCAUUAUUUUGGCCACAACUAAGGACGUCUAUGGUGUUAUUACCGGUGGCAUUAUUGGCCACUCCAUUUGCACCGGUCUGGCUGUGAUUGGUGGCCGCAUGGUGGCUGCCAAAAUUUCUGUGCGCACGGUUACCAUUGUUGGUGGUAUUGUGUUCCUUGGCUUUGCAUUAUAUGCUCUUAUAGUUAGACCAGAUGAUAUAUAAACCUUUGGUGGACCUCCUAGCUCCAAAAUUCUGAAACAAAACAACAACAACACUUACUAAAUGGACACUUGUAUAUUUUUGUUUACUUUUUUUUUUGUAAUGACGAUGAUCGCCAAUCCAAUUAUCCAUAGGGUUUAUAUUUACCUGUUUAGAAGAAUUAUGUAUACAGUAAUUAUUAUUAACUAUUAUUAUUUUUUACUAACACACAAAAGAAUAUGUAUUUUUGUUUUCAAGAUAAAAAAUACGCAGAA